GGUAGAUGCCUAAGCCACUGGCGCCGUUGGCGGCCGCCCUUCUGCCUGUGUCGCGGAAGCGCCUACCGGCCUAGAAGGUCCCCGGGAGGCGGGACCUCCGAAAGGCUCGGCGCUGAGCCCGGGUAGGGUCGGGUAGUUAGUUGCCCUUCUGCUGGAGCAGAUCCGGGCUCUUUCGCUCCUUUCCGCCCACGAGGGGAUGAAGCUCCCGGAAAGAACCUGACAUCAUCCGGGACAGUUAUCUUCUUUUUUAAAGGAGGUGAAUUAUACUUUAAUGUACUACAGGUUGUAUACUACGGAUGGAAACUAUUAAAGUUUAUAAUGUCAAAAACUUUUCUUAGACCAAAGGUAUCUUCCACAAAGGUAACAGACUGGGUAGACCCAUCGUUUGAUGAUUUUUCAGAGAAUACAGGCAUCUCUAUUACUGCCACAUCAUUAGGUGUGAAUAACUCAAGUCACAGAAGGAAAAAUGUGCCUUCCAGAUUAGAAAGUAGCAGAUUUCAAGCUAGAAAAAGAGAAAAGCCAUCUUCCUCAGAAAAGAUUUAUGGUCUAGAAAAUUCAAAAGAGUAUCUGUCUGAAAAUGAACCAUGGGUGGAUAAAUACAAGCCAGAAACUCAGCAUGAACUUGCUGUGCAUAAAAAGAAAAUUGAAGAAGUUGAAACCUGGUUAAAAGCUAAAAUCUUAGAAAGGCAACCAAAACAGGGUGGAUCUAUUUUAUUAAUAACAGGUCCUCCUGGAUGUGGAAAAACAACAACUAUAAAAAUACUAUCAAAGGAGCAUGGUAUUCAAGUACAAGAGUGGAUUAAUCCAAUUUUACCAGACUUCCAAAAAGAUGAUUUCAAGGAAAUACUUAAUCCUGAAUCCAGCUUCCAUGUGUUUCCCUACCAGUCUCAGAUAGCAGUUUUUAAAGAGUUUCUACUAAGAGCAACAAAGUAUAACAAACUACAAAUGCUUGGAGAUGAUUUAAGAACUGAUAAGAGGAUAAUUCUGGUUGAAGAUUUACCUAACCAGUUUUAUCGAAAUUCUCAUACAUUACAUGAAAUUCUCAGGAAAUAUGUGCACACUGGUCGAUGUCCUCUAAUAUUUAUAAUUUCUGACAGUCUCAGUGGAGAUAAUAAUCAAAGGUUACUGUUUCCCAAAGAAAUUCAGGAAGAGUGUGCUAUAGCAAACAUUAGUUUUAACCCUGUGGCACCAACAAUUAUGAUGAAAUUUCUUAAUCGAAUAGUGACAAUGGAAGCUAACAAGAAUGGAGGAAAUAUUAUUGUCCCUGAUAAAAGUUCUCUAGAGUUGCUCUGUCAAGGAUGUUCUGGUGAUAUCAGAAGUGCAAUAAACAGCCUCCAGUUUUCUUCUUCAAAAGGGGAAAAUCGUUUAUGGCCAAGGAAGAAAGGAAUGUCUUCAAUAAAAUCAGAUGCUGCGCUGUCAAAAUCAAAACAAAGGAAGAAAACUGAUAUGGUUUUUGAAAGCCAAGAGGUCCAAGCUAUUGGUGGCAAAGAUGUUUCUCUUUUUCUUUUCAGAGCUCUGGGGAAAAUAUUAUAUUGUAAAAGAGCAUCUUUAACAGAAUUAGAUUCCCCUCGGUUGCCUUCUCAUUUAUCAGAGUAUGAGCGGGAUACCUUACUUGUUCAACCUGAGGAAGUCGUAGAAAUGUCACACAUGCCAGGAGAGUUAUUUAAUUUAUAUCUUCACCAAAACUACAUAGAUUUCUUCGUGGAAGUAGAUGAUCUUGUGAGAGCCAGUGACUUUCUGAGUUUUGCAGAUACCCUCAGUGGUGACUGGAAUACACGCUCUUUACUCACGCAAUAUAGUACAUCCAUAGCUACAAGAGGUGUGAUGCAUUCCAACAAAGCCCGAGGAUUUGCUCAUUGCCAAGGAGGAGGAUCAAGUUUUCGACCCUUGCACAAACCCCAGUGGUUUCUCAUAAAUAAAAAGUAUCGGGAAAAUUGCUUGGCAGCAAAAGCACUUUUUUCUGACUUCUGCUUACCAGCUUUAUGCCUCCAAACUCAGCUGUUGCCAUACCUUGCCUUGCUAACCAUUCCAAUGAGAAAUCCAGCUCAAAUUUCUUUUAUCCAAGAUAUUGGAAGGCUUCCUCUGAAACGACACUUUGGAAGGUUGAGAAUGGAAGCCCUGACGGACAGGGAACCUGGAUUGAUAGACCCCGACAGUGGAGAUGAAGCACUGCUUAAUGGAGGGCAGCCUGCAGAGGAAGCUCUGGGUGAACCCACUCAAACCGCCGAACCUGAAACUUUCUGUCUGCCUUUGAGUCAAAAUAGUGGGAGUGAGCUGCCUCCCAGCCAGCCUCAGCCCUUUUCCGUGCAAGGAGACAUGGAGGAAGAAGAGCUGAUAAUUGAAGACUAUGAGAGCGAUGGGACCUAGAAACCAGCCUGCCGGUCAUGUUGUUGCUUGGCAGGUUCAUGUGCAUUUUAUUCAGUGGUAUCUGAACAGAGAUAAUAUACUUUUCAAGUGAAUGACAGUUUAAUUCUUCACUCUUGUAUUUCAGCACAAGAACCUGAUUUCUCUGUCAUCUUGAAGUAAACAGAUCAAGCUUCAAAUAAUAUCUUAAUUUUUUUCUCUAGUAUUUAUUUACUCUUGUGAGUGGUGUUGGGAGAGGAGUUCAGUGUGAAUGAAGAGUGAACAUUAUGUCAAAUAUCAAAGAAUGUGAAGGAAUAAUUCAGAAUACUAAAACUUUAUGGGGUUGUAAAUACGAAUUAUGAAACAGUUUAGUAUGCAAUUAUGAGUGUAAAUAAACUUUGUGCCUUAUUCACAGUUUCUCUAUGGUCUCUAACUUCUCAAAUACCAUUUUUAUAUGCUGUACAGUGGACUAUUUUAGAUGCUUUUUGGAAAGUAUUUAAUUUAUAUCAAAAUUAAAAUGUUG